AUGUGUAUUCUUGCCUUUAUAACUCAACUCUCGCAGCGCUUUCCCCUUGUGCUUAUUAGUAACCGUGAUGAGGCGCUUAACCGCGCAACACAACCGGUUUGUAUUGACAAUGCAACUGGACUGCUCUGCGCUAUUGAUAGCCUGGCGGGUGGCACAUGGUUGGGUCUCAAUGUAAAUAGCGGGCGGUUUGCUGUUAUUACAAAUUGUCGCCGUUCUCCUACUGCUCCACUUCAACUGCAUACCACCACCAUCAACAACAACAACAAUGACAAUGACAAUAAGAAUGAAAAUAAUAACAAUUCAUCGGUGGAUUUUCGUGGAGCCAUGCCACUCACAGAGGUGGUGCGUAGAAUGAAAGUACAUGCGACGCCAUUGGCUGACGGUGGAACUAAUGUAGAAUUGGAAUUUAUACCUGAUCUCUCCCGUGGAUGUAUUGUUAGUGAUUUUUUGAGUCAAGGUAAUCUACCUGGUGAUAAUAUUUCUUCCUUAACGAAUGAAUAUAAGUUUCCAUCACCUUCACUCGCGCCACCGUACUUUGCUGGUUACAAUAUACUCACCGCUGAGAACUUAUUUAAUGUUCAGGGGACGCAGCUUUUAUAUACGACGAAUCGCUACGCCGUCCAGCAUCGAGCUCCCACUAACCAUGGUGUUGUACAUUGUCUUCAGAAUAGCUAUAUGGAUAACUGGAUGGAGCCAAAGACAUUACUACUUCGAAAAUCUUUUGAAGAGGCGUUGGGCAAAUAUAUUCCCACAGAUGAGGUACCAUUUGAUGAAGAGAAUGUAGCAACUUCUCUUGCAUCUUGUCUUUGUCUUGAACCGCAGUUUGAUUUACAAAAAGAGAUUCUACUUCAUAAAGAGCCUAAAGAGAAACUAGAAGAGUACCAGAACGUGUUGGAUGCCUCAAUGCCAUAUCUUGGAUACGAUGGGGAGAGUGAACUCAUUCGUCUUUACGGUGCAGGAUUGCAACCACCGGUCCAUUUUCCAGUAAGUAAAUAUCUGGAACGAGCUAACUUUCUUCAGCGAAAUAUAUUCGCAACUUCGCCGAAUUACGGUACACGAACCCAAACAGUGGUUACAGUAGAGAGGAAACAACCAAAUAAUGAUAAUAGUGAGACAAUUGUUCACUUUUCGCAGCGCGAAUGUAGUACCAGUAAUACACAUCGUCCAUGGAAACAUUUCACUAUUUCUGCGCCGUCAUAA